AUGCAGGCAAACGAAUCUCUACUUGAGGCUGCUCUGACGGAGUCGUUCACACCUCCCCCAUCCCGUCGACAAUCGAAAAUUGUUCCUGCGCCAACUUCCAGCUCUCUCAGGACAGAGCUUAGUCCAACUCCAGCUGAGGCUCUUGAAAACUCCGAAAUUACUUCUGAAGACGCGUGGAAGAACGAAUACGAAGAACAAGUCAAAACUUGGAGGUUACAGUCUGCUGAGGCUCGAGAGAAAGCGGAAAGGGAGCGGGCUAAAUGGGAGGCUUUGAGAGAGGCGGAAAAAUUCGCAGGUGUUCCACCGCCGCCACCGUUGCCUGUACAGCAGAACUCUCCAUCUCCACUGGAAAUGUCUGAUUCACCUAGUCCCGCUGACGCUCGGGAUCUUGUUACCGGGGAGACACCUAAAGCUACCUCACAUUCACGACAGUUGACCAGUGAAGACUCUCAAAAAUGGGAACAUCUCCCUUCAGAAGUCACUUCAUCACUUCCUUCCAUGUCCUUUCCGGAAGAUUCAGGCCACGAGGAAACUGGAGUACCUCCCUCUCAAUCUCCUCCCACUGCACCCACUUCCGCUACACUCUCCGUUUUUGAUAACACUCUUUCCACUUCCACCCGCGUUAAAGCGUUUGCCUCGGCCCUGGCAAUAAACUUGCUCUUACCAUUUGUGAAUGGAGUCAUGUUAGGAUUUGGAGAAAUUUUCGCCAAGAACGUUGUUCUCAGAUGGUUUGGUUGGGGAACUAACGUCCCUAGAUCAACAGCAGCAUCUCUGGGUCUCCGCGGCAAGUCACAUAGAUAG